GCGGGCAAACAAGCUGCCGCCGCUCCCGGACAGACACACCCCGUCCGCCUCCGCUACCGGCCGCCUCUCCUGGCGGCGGCGCAUGCGCCUGGCGGGGAGGCCCGGCGGAAAGGGCCCUUCCUGCCUCCCGGUGUGGAUCCGGGUGAGGCCUGCGCCCGGCCAGCGGGGCUGCCCGCCUGCUUCCGGCUGUGCCGCACUGUGCCGGGCGGUGAAGCGCGGUGUAGAAGCCUCCUGUCUGAAGGAAGAGCCCCUCUGAGGGAGUGAGCCUCAGCUGCAGUGCUGCUGGAGCGCCUCGCCAUCUCAGUCAAGGUUCUGUGCUAAUGCUGCUUGCACCAUUUGCCAGAGCUCUCUGAGGAGGCCAGAACACAAAGGCAUUUUGGUGGUAGGUGAAAGAUGUGAUCAAGACUGGUGAAAGGAUACAUGUUCACCUCAAGCAAAAAAGAGCAUGUUCCCAAACUCCUCCAACUUGGGCCGUCCACCCUUUCCUCCUAAAUAUCAACAUCGGAAUAAUUUCCUCAAUAAGGUUCCUUUAAAUAUACAACCUAUUGUCUCUCACCAGCAAAUUAUUAAUGCUCGGAUUAACUUUCAGAAUGCAAUUCUUUCCAGGGCUUCGUUGAGUGGGAACCUUGUGACUACUCUGGCUGGUAUGCCGCAGCCAUUGGUUUAUGGGAAUGGCAGUCCAGUGAAUACACCUUCUCCUUCCCCAACGUUCCGAGGAAAAAAGAGACUAAGUGAACAGAGUGUUCCAUUUGGUGUCAAAAGGCAGCGAUAUCGUUCACCUCACCGUGAAACACAUGCAGUUAACCAAGCAGUGCCUUCACCAGAACAAAGUGCACGUUUGUUUUCAGGGUGUAAUGCACGUUAUGUGCCAGAUUUAGGUAUACAUGUUCCUCGGUUGCAAGAUAUUUUGUUUCCACCUGUCACAGAAACAACACUUCCUGUGGCCAAAGAUAAGUUAAGUCUGCAGGUUUUGAAGUUGUUUGAAGCGUGCCAACAGCAGACGUGUGAUCUGAAUAGAAAAGAGCUCUGCAGAUCAGAACUCCAGAGGGAAAUUCAGCGAAUUUUUCCAUGUAGCAGGCUCUUUUUGGUUGGGUCCUCUCUGAAUGGAUUUGGCACUCGUACGAGUGAUGGGGAUUUAUGCCUGGUGGUUACAGAAGAACCAGUCAACCAGAAGACUGAAGCAAGGCAUAUACUCAGCUUAGUCCAUAAACUCUUCAGUACUAAACUUUCAAGAUACAUUGAGCGACCUCAGCUGAUUCGAGCAAAAGUGCCAAUAGUGAAGUUCAGGGAUAAAGUCAGCUGUGUGGAGUUUGACUUGAAUGUAAAUAAUAUUGUAGGAAUAAGAAAUACAUUCCUUCUGAGAACCUAUGCAUAUGUUGAGAAACGUGUUCGUCCAUUAGUACUGGUUGUCAAGAAGUGGGCAAGUUUUCAUGACAUAAAUGAUGCCAGCCGCGGUACUUUAAGCAGCUAUAGUCUUGUAUUGAUGGUUUUGCACUAUUUACAGACCCUACCUGAACCCAUCCUUCCGUCCCUCCAAAAAAAUUACCCUGAAUCUUUUGAUCCUACUAUGCAGCUGAAUCUUGUUCAUCAGGCACCGUGUACCAUUCCUCCUUAUCUCUCCAAAAAUGAGUCAAGUCUUGGUGAACUGCUAAUAGGCUUCUUCAAAUAUUAUGCCACAGAAUUUGACUGGAACCAUCAAAUUAUUUCAGUUCGUGAGGCUAAAGCUAUUCCAAGACCUGAUGAUGCUGAAUGGAGAAACAAAUACAUAUGCGUAGAAGAGCCGUUUGAUAGGACAAACACCGCUAGAGCUGUUCAUGAAAAACAGAAGUUUGAUAUUAUCAAAGAGGAAUUUUUGAAGUCUUGGCAGAUACUGAAAGACAAGAAAGACCUAAGCUUUGUAUUACCUUUAAAAGCCACCAUACAGAGAAGAUAACAAACUUCUUUAAUUUUCUCCAUAUUGGAUCCUGCUGAAAUAAAGAACAGUAUCAAAACCCAGGUUACACCUUUGUUAUUUUAUGACACGCUUUUCCUGUUAUACUUUUGUUAAGGAUAUCUUCGUAAGAAAUGCUUUUUAUUUUAUUAUUGACAUUUAUUAAUGCAGUUGUUCACUCAGAAAUGUGUUUUCUGAGAGCACUUAUAGUGUUGAUUUGUGGAAGAGAAUGUUGUGACUAAAGCAGCAUAUCAUGGGGAUAAAUCUGUUGUAAAUAAAGUAUGGGAAUGUACUGACUUGUUUCUGUAAUCGGUGUUAUUAUCAUCAGCUCAGACAAAUUUAACAGUGAAAUAACUGAAAUCAGAACUAAACAGUGUAUGAGUCUGUAUCCAUAAGGCAUUGCACACAAACUCUCCUUGAUGAGCAGACAGCUUGUGCUUUCUGUCUGUUUAAUGCAGUAUGCACUUUUCCUCAGUUUGGCACUUCCCAGUUCUAUUUUCUUUUUAUAUAGAGCAAAGGCAAAGGUUUAUAAUAAUUAAGUUUGAUUACAGUUGGUAAUGUUCUGGUUAUCAAGAACUGUAAUCUAAAUUGAGAUUUUCAAUCAACAGUUCUACUACAAGAAAUUUGAACUGAAAAAGGACAAUUCAGAUUAUGUAAGUGGAUUCAUGUUCACGUAGUAGGCAAGAUAAUUUUUAGUUCUUUGUUUUACAGAUUCAAAGUAGUAGCGGUAUCUGCUUGAAGCACCCCCUGCCCUACGAUAGCUACACUAAGCUGAGAUUUUGUUUUGAUUUUGUGUAAAUGUUUAACUGGUAAGCUGCUGUAAAUUGAUUUCAAAUAAGUAAUAUUAAAAAUAGUAGCUUUUCCAAACAAGAAGGUAAUGAAACCUUUUAAGACCUGCUGUAGCACAGUUUGUGCCUGUCCUGUGUUUGUUAUUGAAGACCAAUUCAUUGUCAAAGCUGUACUUCUCCUUUUUUUCUUCUUUUUAUUUUUUCUUAAUAUAUUUUGUACAGCGUCCCGUGGAAUAAAGUUUAUAGAGAAUACA